GGCACCCGGCUCGAGCAGCGGCGGCCCGGGCUUCCGCCUUCCGGGAGCUGAGGACCGUCCGCUCCCCUUCAGCUCCCAAGCGGGCGCCACUCCUGAGCGCGGGGCGCCAGCCGCCCUCCCCUCCCAGGACGGACGAUGAGCUUCCUCUUCAGCAGCCGCUCUUCCAAAACAUUCAAACCAAAGAAGAAUAUCCCUGAAGGGUCUCAUCAGUAUGAACUCUUGAAACAUGCAGAAGCAACUUUAGGAAGUGGGAAUCUGAGACAGGCUGUUAUGUUGCCAGAGGGAGAGGACCUCAAUGAAUGGAUUGCUGUUAACACUGUGGAUUUUUUCAACCAGAUCAACAUGUUAUAUGGAACUAUUACAGAAUUCUGCACUGAAGCAAGCUGUUCAGUCAUGUCUGCAGGUCCAAGGUAUGAAUAUCAUUGGGCAGAUGGUACUAAUAUUAAAAAGCCAAUCAAAUGUUCUGCACCGAAAUACAUUGACUAUUUGAUGACUUGGGUUCAGGAUCAACUUGAUGAUGAAACUCUUUUUCCAUCUAAGAUUGGUGUCCCGUUUCCCAAAAACUUCAUGUCUGUGGCGAAGACCAUUCUAAAACGUCUCUUCAGGGUGUAUGCCCAUAUUUAUCAUCAGCACUUUGAUUCUGUAAUGCAACUUCAAGAGGAGGCCCACCUCAACACCUCCUUUAAGCACUUUAUUUUUUUUGUUCAGGAGUUUAAUCUGAUUGAUAGGCGUGAGUUGGCACCUCUUCAGGAAUUAAUUGAGAAGCUUGGAUCGAAAGACAGAUAAACGGUUUCUUCUAGAACACAGUUCUCCUCUUGCUUCAUGUACUGCUAAAACUAUCUCAUUACUCUCUGUUAUAGACUAGUGAUACAAACUUUACAGAAACAGGAUUAAAAAAGACACCGGUUGUGUGUACUGAUAAAAUUGUCUCAAAGGUAGGUUGGCCUGCUGCCUUCAUAGUGAGAAAUUAAGGACACAACUGAAUCUGAGAUACUGUAUCACCACUCCUGUUACUUUCAGAGUCAUGUUUGGUUGUAAUAAGUGAUGUCUAACCUGUAGCUUGUCAGUUUACUUAUUAUUCAUUUACUGAAAGAAAUGAUUUAUUCUGUUUCAGAUGGCAGUAAUAAUGGAUGUUAAAAAUUUCCACCAGUAAGUUAUUAACAAGUUUCCAGAACAAAUUUCUUAGUAACAUAAUCAGAUCAGCUUUACUCAGUUUUAUACAGAUAAUAGGUAUUUUUAAAUUUCCUUAAGAUUUAGAACAUUUGUGUCACUUUGAAUAACUUUUUAGUUUCAAGUUUGGACAGUAAUGUUUUUAUA